AAGUAGUGAAAAGGAAAGUGAAAGACGGUGGCAAAAUUUAGUCCAAUAUGUAUUCUUGAAGCAUUUUAGAGAGAAGAAAAUUUGAUUGGAGUUUUCCUUGAGGGUUCCUUACAAAUCCGUUUUGCAAACAAACAAAUCCCAUUUUAAAACUCUCUUUCUCUAUAUUCUCUCUCUCAUGAUCAGCCAUGUUUAUACUUCGUCACAAGGUAUGCUGAAAAUACUAAUUUUUUCAGUCAAUCACCGCGAAAACCCCUUUGAUUACUUGCCCUUCUAGAAUUCUGUCAAACUCUCUGUCUAGGGCUUCUGAUCUCCAUUCGGGAAUAUUUUGAUUAUGCACAAGAUCCAGUUGCUCUAAGCUGAGAAUAUUACAAAAACAACCCUCUUUGUUCACACAAAAUAUGAGUUCAAGAUUCCCAUCUCAUCAACUUAACAAUGGUUUAUACGUAUCUGGGCGGCCUGAACAGCCAAAAGAAAGGGCACCCACCAUGUCCUCCACCGCCGUCCCCUACACUGGCGGUGAUAUAAAAAAAUCCGGUGAACUUGGCAAAAUGUUUGAUGUAGAACAUAGUCAACACACUACCAAUAGGCCAAGAAAAUCCGGACCAAUAGCUAAUGCUCCUCUAAGAACAGGAUCUUUUGGUGGCGGCAGUUCUUCACAUUCCAACCAACCACCAUCCAAUGCCGCCAAUAGAAUGGGGUCUUCCGGUGGGGCAGUUCCUGGUUCAGCUUCCAUGAAGAAAACCAGUUCUGGACCUUUGAAUAAACAUGGUGAACCUAUAAGGAAGUCAUCUGGACCUCAAGGUGGUGGAAUGCCUAGCUCCCGCCACAAUUCUGGACCACUCCCGCCAGUUCUACCCACCACUGGUCUCAUCACUUCUGGACCACUUAACUCCGCCGGUGCACCCCGCAAGGUGGCUGGUCCGGUGGACUCCACAGGGUCAUUUAAGUCAAGAAGUUCCAUGGCUAAAAACCAGGCUGUAACUCACCUUAGCAAGAAAGAUGGUGGAUCUUUAUCCAGUUCGCCUUGGAGUGCAUGUUGGGGAGGGAAAUCUUUGGUUAGUUUUAUUGAUGGGUAUCCGGAUGCUGAGCUUAGAACAGCAAAAAAUGGACAGUUUGUGAAGGUGUCUGGGGUGGUUACUUGUGGAAAUGUGCCUUUAGAGUCAUCAUUUCAAAGGGUUCCCAGAUGUGUUUAUACAUCCACUAGUUUAUAUGAAUAUAGAGGAUGGGGUUCAAAACCUGCAAACCCUACACAUCGUCGCUUUACGUGGGGCCUACGUUCCAUUGAGAGGCAUGUGGUGGAUUUCUAUAUAUCGGAUUUUCAAUCUGGAUUGAGGGCAUUAGUAAAGACUGGUUAUGGAGCACGUGUGACUCCAUAUGUGGAAGAAUCUGUUGUUAUAGAAGUUGACCAGUCAAACAAAGAUUCAUCUCCACAAUUCAUUAGAUGGUUGAAUGACAGAAAUAUCCCUCCUGAUGAUCGUGUCAUGCGCCUCAAAGAAGGGUACAUAAAAGAAGGAAGCACAGUGAGUGUGAUGGGAAUUGUUCAGAGAAAUGAGAAUGUGUUGAUGAUAGUUCCACCAUCUGAUCCAAUCCCAACUGGAUGCCAAUGGAGUCAAUGCCUUCUUCCAGUCAACCUUGAAGGCAUUGCUUUGAGAGGUGAAGACUCAUCAAAGCUUGAUGUCAUUCCUGUUUAGCAUUUUUGCUAUUUUGGGGUAAAAAAGUAAAUUUGCGAUAUCAUGAAUGACUUAUGUUCAAAAAAAUACACUUGUAUAGUUUGUUUCUGUUUGUUCUUCUUUUAUUACAGUAACUAGUUAUGGUGUUGUGUGAUAAUGGAGAGGUAAAAGGGCGACUUUUGAGACUUGAGAGAUGAGUUUACAGUUUUACUUUGUCUUUUUUUCUUUAUACUAUGGAAAACAAACAAGGCAUAAUUAUAAUACUUUUUUUAUGGAUU